GCCGCGGACCGCCCGCUUCCGGGAGGGGUUCGGGCGCCACCGCCAUGGCCUCCCGGGGCCCCCCCGACCUGCCGGACUUCGGCCUGCUGAAGCGUCUGGCGCGGGACCAGCUGGUCUACCUCCUCGAGCAGCUGCCCGGCAAGAAGGACCUCUUCCUGGAGGCCGACCUCAUGAGCCCGCUGGACCGCAUCGCCAACGUCUCCAUCCUGAAGCAGCAUGACGUGCACAAGCUCUACAAGCUGGAGAAGAAACCAGCACACAGCUCCAGUGACCAGUUAUGCUUCCUGCUCCGUCCACGCCUUGCGAGUCUCCGGCUGGUGGCAGAAUUGAUCAAUGCCGACAAAGCAGUGGGUCGGGCACGCAAGUACAAGAUCAUCUUCAGCCCACAGAAGUUCUACACAUGUGAGUUGGUGUUGGAGGAGGAAGGGAUCUAUGGUGAUGUGACCUGGGAUGAGUGGUCCUUCUCCCUCCUCCCUCUGGAUAAUGACAUCAUCAGCAUGGAGCUGCCCGAGUUCUUCCGAGAUUAUUUUCUGGAAGCAGACCAGCGGUGGAUCAACACAGUGGCCCAAGCUUUACAGCUGAUGAACUCUCUCUUCGGCCCAUUCACUGAGACUUAUGGAAUUGGGCGGUGUGCCAAGAUGGUCCAUGAGCUUUGGCGUGACAUAGCGGAAGAGAGCGAGGUUGACAACAUGGAUCGGAAGCCAGAGAUUGGCCACGUCUUCCUUAUAGACAGAGAUGUGGAUUACGUUACAGCCCUUUGUUCUCAGGUGGUCUAUGAAGGCCUGGUGGAUGAUACCUUCCGCAUAAAAUGUGGAAGUGUGGAUUUUGGUCCAGAUGUUACCUCCUCUGACCGAAGCAUUAAAGUCCUGCUGAAUUCCCAGGACAAGGUGUUCAGCAAAAUCCGCAAUGAGCACUUCUCCAAUGUGUUCGGUCUCCUGAGUCAGAAGGCACGGAACCUGCAGGCCCAGUAUGAUCGACGACGGGGAAUGGAUAUUAAGCAGAUGAAGAACUUUGUCUCCCAAGAACUGAAGGGCCUGAAACAAGAACAUCGCUUAUUGAGUCUCCAUAUUGGGGCCUGUGAGUCCAUCAUGAAGAAAAAAACCAGACAGGAUUUCCAGGAACUGUUGAAGACGGAACAUGCCCUUCUAGAAGGGUUUGAUAUCCGGGAGAGCAUCAGCUUCAUUGAAGAGCACAUUGACCGGCAGGUCACCCCUAUUGAGAGUCUGAGGAUAUUGUGCCUGUUGUCAAUCACAGAGAAUGGACUUUCUCCCAAGGACUACCGCUCCCUGAAAACCCAGUACCUGCAGAUGAUCUCUUGUUCUGCUAUGAUACCUAUCCCUGCCCAUUGGCAGAGUUAUGGACCAGAGCACCUUCUGACCUUCCAUAACUUGAAGCACUUGGGGCUCUUGACGGAGCAAGUGUCUGGUGAGACUUUGACGGCUAUGGAGAACAAAGUCAGCAAGCUGGUGACGGAUAAAGCAGCAGAGAAGCUCUCGGAUGCCUUCAGUUCACUGGCCAGGAAGAAUAAUUUCCGAGCUAUAAGCAAGAAGCUGGGCCUGAUCCCACGUGGGAAUGGAGACUACGACCUGAAAGUGCCCCGGGACAUGGCCUACGUGUUCAGUGGCGCCUAUGUGCCCCUCAGUUGCAAGAUAAUGGAACAGGUGCUGGAGCGGAGGGGCUGGUUGGGCCUGGAAGAGGUGGCGAGGCUGCUCGGGGGCCAUGAAUUUGUCACAGCUGCAGAAGAGCCUAGACCUCCAGCCUCCCAGCAAGUCAUCCUGGCAGUCUUCUUAGGAGGCUGCACCUUCUCUGAAGUCGCUGCUCUCCGCUUCCUUGGCAGAGAAAGAGGGCUCCGGUUCAUCAUCCUGACGACGGCCAUCACCAACAGUGCUCGCCUGCUGGAAUCCACCAUGGAAAUGAAGAUGUGACCGCAUCCAAAGCAAACUGGAGGCAAAGGGAUGCUUGAAAAUACUCCAUAGAUUGAAAAAUCCCUACAUGCCCCCUCCCCCCAUAUUUUCAGCCUUCAGCAAUCUGGAAACUUUUCUCCUGCAAUAAAUGGGUCCGUGUAUAAUGCACAUAAACAUCUUGCCAGAAACCACAGGAAUAACACAAAAUAAAAGAUUAAUUGAUGUAA